AUGUCCUCCCCUCUACUCGGAACCCCUCGCGUCAUGCCUAGAGCACGCUCCGGCAGAAGGCUACAACAAGUCUUCGUCUAUGGUGGUAUCUGCUUCUGUAUCUUCCUCCUCGUCCAUCGCCUCCGGGAAAGCGAUCGGGAACAGCUGGUUCAACCAAUGUCUAUCAUCUCUCCCUACGCCUUUGCCCCGAGAAACUGGAAUGCUCAGUCGUAUCUCCAUUACAGCCCAGAUUCAGCGGUUGACUUCCAUCACGGGUGGUCAGAAUCCGCACCGUCAUCACCAUUAUCAUCCUCACAGAAGAAGGAAUCCCUACCUGACGUCCAUCUUCUCUUGCCUGUAAACAAAGUUGCCGCUAGACGAGGUGAUCGAUUCUGCAAGACCGCCAUUGGAGCCAUCAUGACGGGAUACAAGCCAUUCGUUUACAAUUGGGGUGGCGAAGCAGCGAACAUUGGGAAGACUCAUAGGCAAAAGGUUUCUGUGCUUCGAGACAUCCUCAGGACCACCGCCACCGGUUGGCGCGAAGACGACCUUAUCUUCGUCAUCGACGCCCUUGACGUCUGGCUUCAACUUCCCCCUGCAGACGUCGCGAGACGGUUUGCUCAAUUCGAUCAGGACCUGGUCUAUGUUGGCGCCGAAAAGCACUGCGCUCCCAAUCCAUGGGACUCGCCCGAAUGCCGGAACGCACCUGAAAGCCCACUUCCUAAGAAUCUCUGGGACCUCAAAACGAUGAAGCCAGCUAGCAACGAGCACUCUUCUCUCGCUCGUCAUGCCAACAGCGGUACCAUCCUCGGUCGCAAAGACAGGAUGGCAGAGACUCUGACUGAACUCGCCAGUAUCCUAGAAGCAGAGGAUUACGGGUACGCUGGAGACCAAGCGUCCUUCAACCAAUUGCUUGGCAAAGGCGGUCGACGACUGGGUGUCGACUACUACCAUCGAUUAUUCUGGCCUUCGGCCGCCGACGAUCAAAACAUGCACUUCAUCAACACCCCGGUGCAUCCUGAUCACCAUCUUCUCAGAGGGCCAGACGAUCUCCACUCCGUAACAGGAGCGCCGAUAAAUCCACGAGACGAUAUCAUCCCUUGGGACUCGUACCCCGCUAUGGGUCACCAUCAGUUGACCGGUCAGGUCCCAAUUGCCCUUCACUUUAACGGAUACCGAGGGAAAGAUCUUGUCAAUGAGUGGUGGGGAAUACCAUGGUACAGUGCGGAACGAUUCCGAGCGAUGGCAAAGGAAAAGAUGGCAGAUGCCACCAUCUCCGUCAUGAAGCGAGAUGGAACGAUUAGCGAAGACAUACCGAUCCGGGAUAUCUGUUGGGAUCUGACAAAGGACUUCUUUGACGGAAUGCCAGAUAACUGGGUCGACCCGACUGGCAAACUGGUCCGGUCUGGGAAAAUCGACGAGUCGUUGCACGAGGAAGAUGUUGACGAGACGGUUUAG